CGGUUGCAUCCUCGUCGUCUCGGCGAUAUAACCGUACGUGACUUUUGACAGAAAUCGUCAAGUUUGUUGGCAGUUUGUUUAUUCGAGGCGCACACGGUCCCGAAAUAAUAUGGAACCUCAGGACGCGUAUUAUAGCAGAGCAGAGUACGUCGAAACGGCUUCGGGAAACAAAGUAAGCAGGCAGACGGUCCUCUGCGGUUCACAGAACAUUGUUUUGCAUGGAAAAGUGAUCGUGCAGUCGGAUGCUAUUAUCAGAGGUGAUCUGGCGAACGUUAGAACGGGACGUUACUGCAUCAUUAGCAAGAAUGCCAUUAUAAGACCACCGUUUAAGAAGUUUAGCAAAGGUGUCGCCUUCUUUCCUCUGGCAAUGGGGGACCACGUGUUCGUGGGAGAACGAGCAGUGGUGAACGCGGCUAUCAUCGGUUCCUACAUAUACAUAGGAAAAAAUGCAGUGAUUGGAAGGAGGUGCGUCCUGAAGGACUGUUGUUACAUCGAGGACGGAGCCGUGAUCCCCCCAGAGACCGUAGUUCCCCCGUUUACCCGUUUGGCCGGCAAUCCUGCGAAAUACGUGGAGGAUCUACCAGAGUGCACGCUCGACCUGAUGCUAGAAUUUACCAAGAAUUACUAUCAACACUUUUUACCGGCUCGCGGUUAAUCCGUUUUAUCGCGCAUCGAGGGAAGAACGUUCGUCCGUUUCAGGUUGUAGUUUUACGGGUUUACCGAAUCCCAAUCGAAUUCCCGUUGCUCGAAUACCGUCUCCGGAUCGUCGCCCCGAUCAACCGUCGGCUCACCGUUUGUCGGUCGAGCGUUCGAGGCUUCGUCGCCGUUUCUCGACCACCCUCGUCUGCGAUAUACGAUCUAACGAUGUAAC